AUGUCAUCAAAUACAGGAAACUGUCAGCGUUGUCGCUAUGGUGUUUUAGUUUGUGAUGAUCAGGAAAAAUGGGGUGGUGUACGUGGCAUAGGAAAGCGAUUUAUUGACGCCUUCGGAAGUGAGAGCGAUCCCGAUCGAGAAGAAUGGCAUAUCUUUUCCGCUGUAGAUGGCGAGCUGCCUUCGGAAAAAGAUUUGGAUACUUUUAAUGGCUUCUUCAUCUCGGGAAGUCCUCGAUCUGCUAACGAUAACCUUAAGUGGAUCAAUGAUUUGAAGAAUUUUAUCUCUUCAGCGGCUAAAAGCCCCUCGAAGGCUCGUGUCGUGGGCGUCUGUUUCGGUCAUCAACUCAUUGGUGCCGCUCUUGGAGGUGAAGUAACCGCUAAUCCAUCGAAGAAAUUCGUUUUACAGAGCGAGGAGAUCAAAUCGGUGGAAGAUUUUCAAGGAAAUGAAGCUUUCAGAGAGCUUAUCGAGAGCCGUGAUUCUCUACGACUGCUUGAGUGUCAUGGAGAUUGCGUUGCGUCCCUCCCCCCUGGGGCUACAAGUUUGGCGAGCUCUACAACCUGCCAACACGAAAUGAUUCAGUUUGCAGAAAAUAUAUUUGGAAUUCAAGCUCAUCCAGAAUUUACUGUGCAAGAUUACAAAGAAUUGUUAAUUCCCGAUUUAGUAGCUGGAGGAAAGUUAGACGAAAAUGGUCAAAGAGUUUGUGAAGAAACCAUUAGUUUGCCUUUAGACUCAGCAAGGAUGGCGGCUGCACUGAAGAAAUUUGUCGCCAAAGAAGGCAAUUAACAACUUAACGGGAACUUUCGGAUGGAGUCGGAACUUGAGUCAUUACAAGGCGCCGAAAAGGGAAAUAAUAUUAUUGCCCUGACGGCUAGACUAAGCCAUUUAAUACCUGUGCAAAAGAUUCACACAUAUUUAAUUCACUUAAUAAUUAAUUUUCAUAAUUUUUGAGCUAUUAAAUGGCGUAAUCAAGUAUUUUGGCUAGGACAAUCAGAUCACCUGUUAUUGUUCAUACAGUGAUGUCCUGAUUUUAACGCCAAAUAACACUUUAAUACUACCAUAGGGUGCAGGGGGUUACUUGGGUCAAUUUUUGCCGGGUACUGCCCCUGGCCUCUCAGAACCCCUACUCCAUUAUAGCCUAUUGUCUGGCCAAUUAUUAUAGACCCCAUCUUUCUAAGUUUGCUUUUGGGCAAAUGUAAUCUGCUUUGCCCCUUUCUGCUUAUACAUCUACCUUUUAACUGGUCUAUUAGGUCGGUCAUCUUAAAAUGAAUUCACACUUUAGGUUUUCAAAUUCCUAGAUUCAUAAAACUUUUUGACCCCCAAAUCCCAAAGUGCGACCCCAUUCUAGUAACUCUUUUGAAAAUGUAACCCCAUUAUAGUCAAUGCAGUCAUGAAAAUGUGACCCUGUCCAGCGGCACAUCCCCAUUAGCUUUAGCCUAUUACUAGGAAUUACCCUACCCCAGAUUAGUACAGUGGGAUAAAUAUGACCUUCAGGUAUCUGGUCACCUUGCCACCAAACCAUCUCACCACCAACAAAAUCACCACUGAGAAUAGAAGUUAGCUUAGCAAUGGAAACUUCACUGGGAAAUUCAAAGAAGUAUAACUAGUGGUUGUGAAACAUUCUGCCUGUUUUUUAGUCUUUCAAAUGUCAAAGUUUACAUUCACUGAACCUACACAGGCAUUACCAAGAGCAUAAGUCGUUUGACACAAGGAUCAUCAAUUAGGAUUGAUAAAAUAUUUUGUUGCUUUUAAAUUCGAAUAAGCUUGACAAAAAAGUAAAAAUCUUAGCUAAGUAAUCCUAGGUAUUAAACUGUGUCAAUUAUUUCAGAGUUAUUUAUUGGUGGUGAGUCGACGUCUUGGUGGUGAUAUCAUCGGUGGAGAGAUGACUGUAAACCAACGGCUGUUGCUUCAUAAAAUCCUGGUGGUAUUUUAAUUCUAUUGUACUUUUUGAUCAUCAGCUCAUGCGUAGGAGUUCCCCCUGGGAUUUCUAGUACCUCGAAGGGGGGUGGUAAAAGAUAUUUUCGUGCCUUGCAAUCAGCUUUUUUUUCAUCAUGAAUAGUGAUUUCCUUUCUGGCCAUGAUGCACGAUUUUCCAGAAUAUUUUUUGUGAAAUAAUAAAUAUUAAUGUUUAAUUCGCCAUGAACUGUGUUCUCACUGAUUGUUAUUUUCAUGAAUUGUGAAAGAACCAUUUUUCCCCCUCAAAUUUGAUCUAGACCACCCUUUACCUCCCUUUCAGAGGGGUGUUAUUGAAACUCCUGGCAAUUUUAUAUGAAAAAUUGUAAGUAGAAUGUGUAAAAAAUUUUUCCAAUCAAGAUUGCCAAUAUUUUGUUAUGCAUAAAUAUGAUUUUUCUUAUCACAAUGAUUAUCAUGCCUAUUUCUUAAUAUACUGCAAUGUGAUCAUAGUCUAGUCAUGUUUGUACUGUAUAAAUUGUACAAUUGGUGGUAAAGAAAUUCAAUAAUGUAACCAUAAUUUACAAUAAGAUAAGUCAAUAAGAUCAUUGACAAAAAAAUGAUAUUUUUCUACCUAAAUUUUCUUCAAUAUUAUAUAAUAGUGGUCAUCUAACUGAAAAUUACAACAAAUGCAGCUAUGGUCUUUAAAAAAUAUCAAGAACUCAUAAAUAAAAAUAUUUUUAAUAUGUUUUUUGUCACUGUCUAAGAUCAUUUCCUAUGCUUUUGAUUUAGCCAGAAUUUCAGCUGUUCCCUCGAGUCAGGAGUUUGCGCUUAUAAAGGGAGAUACCUGAAGUUCAGGCUAAUUUUUUACAUGAAAAUGGGGAUAUUCGUGAUGCAGCAUUUGCCUUUCAAACUCAAAGCAAGGAUUUGGGAUUUUAGAGCAAAAUGGCGGCGAGAUUAAGGAUUGAAAGUAUGCACGGGAGGUGGAAUGCCAAAAAUAUAAACCAUGGUAUAAUCCACCUGGGGGAUUACAGAAUUGAGUGAAAAUUUGGGUUGGGUUGAUGAGAUAAAAGAAUUCUAGGGCUCUUUCAGAUAUCAUCAAAUAAAAAAAUCGGAAAGUUAAAAGAUCUUAGUGCGUGUAAAAACUUCUCCGAGGUGAGGGGAAUUUUGAUGGCGAGAGCUACCCACUGGUUUCUUACCGUUUCCUGCCCAAUAAAACGUUAUUGUAGGAACUAAUAAGGCAAAAUUUAUUUUUAUCGGGCAAAAAUCCAGGAGAUGGGGGGGGGGGGGGUGGGCAUUCAACAAAGUUUUAUACCAGGAGUCUCUCCCGCAAGGUCUGGCCACUUACCUUUUUUACAUACCAUUUUUGACAGAAAAAGAACCCCUUCCUUUUGACAAAUGGUCCCCCUUCCCAUACCUAGUUUAAAACUUUGCGUCCCUUUUAACUGCUAAAGGAUCCUAAAAUGCGCUGUGUUUUAGAUGUAAAUAAAUUACAAAACCAGAAAGUUUCCUCGACCUUUUUACAGCCAUAAAAUGCAUCUGUUACGUUAGCCCCUCUGACAGAUUUUCCUACCCUUUUAUGUACUCCAACCAACUCCUACACCCUAAAAAAGGUACCCCCUUUGUGCGGAGCCUGUCCCAAAUGGGCCGUUAUGGGGAGUACGCCAGGGGCAGGAAACCUCGUUAGAAACGAAAACAACAAAAGGACAUCUCUUUAUAAAGUAUGUACCCUUAUAUGGCUGUUUAUGUGCAGUUUAACCGCUUUAUCGAUCUUACCAGAAAUUCCUAUGCAAAUCCCUAUCACUUGGCUUCGACUAAGUUGUGAGGGCUGGGUGGCCUGUGUGUACCUGGACAAUUGCGCAGUGACGUCAACUACCAGAAUCCUUCAGUUUGUUGUUGUUGUUUUUUUUUGGCAAAAUAGGGCUAUUGUUUUUUAGUCAGUGGGAUUGACAAAUUUAAAUAAGCGAAACACAAACGAAGAGAAUUAUGGAAGUUCGGUAGGCUUCAUCCUGAAAAUGGCCUAUUUUCUUAGGUGUCUUAAACCAGCAAUGUAAACGCAAACUGCUAGGUUACUAGGUGCCAAACGAAAUACAUUUUAAAAUCGAAAAACACAACAACAAAAAAACGUAAAUAUUUAAUAACUAAUUAAAUGUCUGAUAAGCCGUGGAUGGACAAGAAACUGCGUUUGCACAACACUCGAUGAUAUUUUUGAAAUUUCCACCUUUUGAUAUUUUUCAUUUCCACCCCCAAGGCUCAUGGCUGGGACUGCCUACAUUUUCCCACCCCUGGGAGCAGUUUUGUCCUCUCGGCAGUACCCAGAACCAGCGGGCAGGACUUGGGAUUUGGGUCCCGGUUGCAUAAGUCUUACAUCGGACGUGAUAUUUGCUAUAUCUUCUCCCUGACGUUUACUUUAUAA